AUGGCACCCAAGCGGCCUUCUUCCUCACGGGCGUGGGAUGGACUCACGCCAUCAUUGUCGCAAUGGAACCUGGACGCUGUGGCCUCGAUGGGCUUCACGCGCAUGACUCCAGUCCAGGCUUCGGCCAUCCCUCUGUUUAUGGCGCACAAGGACGUGGUCGUGGAAGCAGUGACCGGCAGUGGGAAGACGCUGUCCUUCCUAGUUCCUAUUGUAGAGAAGCUUUUGCGCCUUGAAGACCCGAUCAAGAAGCAUCAUAUUGGAGCCAUUAUUAUCUCGCCGACACGAGAGUUGGCAUCACAAAUCUAUCAAGUUCUUCUGUCUUUGCUCGAAUUUCAUCCCCCGUCGGCUGCAGCCAUUCAUCCUCCCGAGGGCGAUGCGCCUCGUCCGAAGUCUUCCUCGUCGGUCCUGAAAGUCGUCCCACAACUCCUCUUGGGUGGUUCCACAUCCCCUGCAGAAGAUUUAAGCACAUUCCUCAAGCGAUCCCCAAAUGUACUAGUUUCUACCCCUGGAAGAUUGUUGGAAUUGCUUUCAUCGCCCCAUGUUCACUGCCCGCAAUCAUCGUUUGAAAUGCUAGUAUUGGAUGAGGCCGAUAGGCUUCUGGACCUUGGGUUCAAGGAAGACCUGCAAAGAAUCCUGCGCCACCUCCCUAAGCAACGGAGGACAGGUCUUUUCAGUGCCAGUAUCAGUGAAGCUGUUGAUCAGAUCGUCCGUGUGGGCCUCCGGAAUCCCGUCAAAAUCGCCGUCAAGGUCAAGGGCGGUGCUGGGGCCGAAGACAAACGUACCCCGGCUAGUCUGCAAAUGACCUACCUGACAACGCCUCCGGCACAUAAGUUCUCCAUCCUGAAACGAAUUCUGACCUCCGUCCAACCUACGCCUCAAAAAACCAUAUUUUUUGUGUCAACAUGCUCCAGCGUUGACUAUCUUACCCUCAUAUUACCUAUUAUUCUAGGAGAUGGAUACCUUCUUGUCCCUCUUCACGGGAAACAUCCCGCCAACGCCCGCCAGAAAAACUUCACCCGCUUCACUACCUCCACUACCCCUUCCAUUCUCCUAACUACCGAUGUCGCCUCCCGAGGGCUGGAUAUUCCAUCUGUCGAUCUAGUGGUGCAGAUUGAUCCUCCAUCCGAUCCGAAAACGUUUAUCCACCGUUGUGGUCGUGCUGGGCGUGCUGGGCGCAGGGGCCUCAGUAUCGUCCUUCUCCACCCCGGCCGCGAAGAAGACUAUGUCUCGUUUUUGGAAGUGCGCAAGACGCCUGUGGCGCCCUUCACCCUCACGGAUCCCACCAGUGAUAAGGACGCCGCCGCUGCAACUCAACUAGUACGCAACACUAUUCUGAAAGAUCGUGCUCUCCAUGAUAAGGGCCAGAAGGCUUUUGUCAGCUGGCUUCGUAGCUACAGCAAGCAUCAAGCAGCUAGCAUUUUCCGUGUUCCUGACUUGGAUUGGGAGGCUCUCGGCAAAGCAUGGGGUCUUCUCAAACUUCCCAAGAUGCCAGAACUUCGCACCUUCACCGGAGACAAAAUGCUGGGUGUCAGCAUCGAAUGGGAUACCUAUGUCUACAAGGAUAAACAGCGCGAGAAACGGCGCCAAGAAGUCAUGGAAGAGUAUGCACAAGGAGGCGGCAAUCAGGAGCAGGAUGCGCGGAAACGCCACGCGACCGAGAAUGCCUCCUGGAGCCAGAACGUGGAGAGCCGAGAGAAGAAGCUCAAGCGCAAGGAGUUCAAGAAAGCACGCAAGGAACAGGAGAGAUGGGAGCAGCUGCCAGAGCUAGAGAAGCAACAGUACCUUGAGACGCAGCGGAUGGUCGAGGAAAUUCGUCUCAAAAAUGAGCAGCAACGGUUAUUACUGACUGCUGCCAAUGCGGAAGCCUCGAAAAAUGCAGGUGGUGGUGAUGAAUUUCAGGGGUUUGAUUAG